AUGCGGAUAACGAACCUGGCCCUGCUCGCGACGUUGUCGUUGUCGCCGUCGUUGAUCGAGGCCAAGGGGCCGAUCGGCCUCGUGUUGGACGGGUUCGAACUCGUUGGCAACACCAGUCGAGGCGCGAUCAAGGGCGUGCUCACCGGCGUCUUUGGGAUCAACGCCACCGCCGUCGACAAGGUCUUCACCAACGAAAAGAAAGGCUUACCCGAGCAUCCGUAUGCGUGUGAGUAAAUGAAGCAUGUCGGAAAGCGACGAGCGAGACCGACCACCUACUGAUGGACGAGAUCCGCGUGGCCUUUCUGCUCCCUCGACACCUCAUACCUCCGACGCUCUCCAUCCGGCACGUCUCUUCAAUUGCCAGUGGACCUCACGGACGAGAACUAUGACACCGUCUUCUCCACGGGCACUUACACCCCCUAUUCGCGGGACCUGCCCGAGGACACCGUCUGGGUCGUCCACGUCCACGGCCCCGAUCCGUGAGUCCCCUCGCUAUGGACUUGAACCACUCAUUGCAUUCUCUACGACUGACGACUCGGAGGGAACGCCUGUACAGUAUCUCGCGCAAGUUGGGCGAGGCUUUCGACCAGGUCGCGCUCGUCAACUCGUCCCAAGCCGACGGCGAAUUGCCCAGCAAUAUGAGGUUCGCCCGACUGGACUACAACGAGGAGACGUUCUUGACGACCUUGUGGUGGAUGUGGAAGUGAGUGAGGAUUCUUGUGUUCCGGGCGUGCUUCGGCGAGGGUGGGGGCGGGGGUGAGGCGACGUCGAUAAGUCGCGAUGGUACGAGACUGACACCCGCUUGGUUCGGGUGAUGGCCAUCGCAGACCUCCUGUCGUCGUCAUCUUCAACCUCAAUGAGACGACGCACCAGAUCGACUACCGUUUCUUCACCAGUCGCAUGUUGAUCCCGCACGCCGUGCCCCUGUCGAACCUGUUGAACAACCGAACGACGUGGGAAACAGUUCCGACCUGGAACGGUCUCCUUUCGCCCCAUGGGCUCUUGUACGUGGUUUCAAACUCCGAGCCGCAAGAUAGCUUCGCUAACGCUCCCAGUGAUCUCUUGUUGAAACGCUAGGGGCCCUGUCGUACCGCACGUCGCACGAGGAUGGACCUACUACCACCACACCGUGCGCCGUGUGCCCAACUUUAUCCUGCUCAUGAUCUCGGGCUUUGUGAUGAACUUUGUCGUCGGCUGGUUCCAUCAACAACCGCCGCCGACGCCAGGUGGCGCACCGGCGGCUGCUGCUGCUUCGCCCGUCGCGGCCGCGGAGGAGAAGAAGGGGUGAGUUUUGUUCGUGUUAUGCUUUGGAGGUGCGGGGGCCAAGGACUGGACUCAUCGUACUCGCUCUAUAUAGUGCAAAGAAGGACGAGGGCAAGGCCAUCAAAGCCUCGACGACCAAAGCCUCGCCGGCGACCAAACGAAAACCUUGA